ACCCCAGGGAUUUCCUUAUAUUGUCACUGAUUUCAACUCUCUCAUAUGAAAAAUAUGAAAAAAGAAUAUUCGAAGGCUGUGUUAAUGUAAGCCUGAAGAAAACAUUAAAACUUAAGCUCAAAAUAUAUGUAAACAGCUUCAAAUAUAUCUGAAAUAAGAACCAGUUUGGCGAAUCGGCGAAAGAUUCAGUUUUAAACAUGACUUCAUUAAAGAUGAUAUUCUUCUUCCUUGCCUUCUUCAUCCUUGCCGAAGGAGCUAAGUACAGCUAUAAACAAUCGAAAACACGAGCCUUGCUCGUUCCAAGAGGCACAACCAUAAAGAAGUUCCAGCAGAAGCCAUCGAAUUCCUUUGAUGGCUUAUCAGCAGAUAGACCGCCCAAAAUCAGUUUUGAUAGUAAGAAGUCGGUUAAACUAUUCACACCAGCCAUUAACGGAGCUCUGCCAGAAGAUCUGAAUAGACAGAAAUCAGUUAAACAACUAUUCAUCCCUGCACGAAAUUAAUCUAACAGUGCGUAACUACGUAUAUAAUAUUCCUUACUAACUAUAUAAUUAUUGUGAUAUCAAACUAACCCAUAUCAAGUGAGUGAAAAAGUUUUCAAUGAAAAGUGUUCUGUGACUUGAAUAUUAUCUUUUUCCUUCAGCGGAAGAAAAUUAACAUUUUUUCAGCAUGAAACUAGUUUAGCGAUUCGAGUGUUUUGUUGUUUAAAUUAUAAUCAAUUAACAGUUCCAAAUUCUAAAUGAUAUUAAUUUAAUGCUAGGUGGAUAACCGCCAACUAAAUUAGAUUUCAGUUCUCGAAAAUAAGAAAACAAGUCCAAAGUGAGGCGGGCUUGGAUAUCUACGCAACUCCCCCGUCUGCUUUUUUUUGUAUCAACGUUGAUUCAAGAUGCACUUUUAAAUCCGCUUGUAGCUAUUUUGAUGUAAUACAUCGUUGAUUUUGAAAUUGUAAUUUUAUCUCAUAAAAUAUUCACGAUUUUUAAUUUUUCCUUUUCUGUAAAUUAGAAUAAAAUAUUUUGUUUAUUUUGAUAAUUGCAGUUUUUUCUUUUCAAAUAAAACUGAUCCUUUUUUAAUCCGGAA